UCUAAAAAAAGGGGUGAAUCCCACCCACUUUACGUUAACCGGCCAUGCACGCCGAUCAACUAGUACCGGUGGUCGUCGCCGCCGUGGCCGUGGUGUGCCUGCUCAUCGCCGGCCGCGCCGACGGCCAGUUCGAGUACGUUCCUGCCGUGGCGAGCCAGGAGGUGGAGCCGCUGGCCACGAACCUGAACCCCGGGCAGCUCCUCCCGCAGCCGGAGGUGAUGCCAGUGCCCAGCAAUCUGCUCGCUAGGCCGGAAUACGUCGCGCAGACGGGGUUCAUGCCGGGGGCCUCCUUAGCCGGGGCGUUCACCGGCGGCUACGUCCCGCAGCAGCCGACGACAGAGCCACAGCCGCAGCCACUGCCGGAGUCGCAGACGCCCAAGUGGAUGCCGGAGACACAGACGACCAAGUGGGUGCCGGAGCCGCAGACGCCCAAGUGGAUGCCGACGCCAACCUCGCCGGCGACGCCGUCUGUGCCCGUGCAGCCGAGUACCAGCGGCGGAUCGUACGCUGGCGGGGCCGCCAACAAGCAGUUGGACGACGACGGAGAGCCGGUGGACGGGCUGAGCCCCAAGGCCAUCGAGAACGUCCUCAAGGAGCACAACGCAUUCCGCGCCAAGGAGCAUGUGCCCCCUCUCACGUGGAACGCGACGGUGGCCCAGUACGCGCAGCACUACGCGAACGAGCGCAAGGGGGACUGCGCGCUGAAGCACUCGACGGGGCCGUACGGGGAGAACCUCAUGUACGGCGAGGGCGGGGCGUGGACGUGGCGCCACACCGUCGACGAGUGGAGCGACGAGAAGCAGAACUACCACUACGGCUCCAACAGCUGCGACGCCGGCAAGCAGUGCGGCCACUACACCGCCGUGGUGUGGAAGCACACCACCGCCGUCGGCUGCGGCCGCGUCACCUGCACCAGCGGCGACACCCUCAUGGUCUGCAGCUACUACCCGCCAGGGAACUACGACGGGGAGAAGCCAUUCUAACUCAUCAUAUCAUCAUCCUCAGCAUUUCUCUCUUAAUUAAUAUUCCAUCUGAUUAAUCGGUUAAUUAAUCACGUAGUUCAUUCUCCGCAUCCACACGACAGUAGUACAACUCCAGUAGAAUGUGCGUAUAUUUUUUAAUAUUUCUUGCACAUACAUAACAUGUGCAAAAAUUAGCAAUCUUCUGAGAUAAAGCCUUGCAGCUGCUGGUAGGAAAAUACCAGGUGUGCAGUAUUUUUUUUUCGGGUAGGUAUUGUAUUUUUUUUCUCAAUUUGAGAUUGCUUUUACCACGCUUGUCACGUGGUAGGUAGGUAUUGUAUUUCGUUGCCAAGAACAACUUAUGAUGUUUAUUCUUAACCAAGUAAUGUGCUUUGUUUUUUGUAGUAGAGAGAAUACUUU